AUUAAGCAUCUUGCCCAUAACCAAUUUCAAGAAAACUCCUACUUAGUUAGUUGGUUGUUUCUUGUAGUGUAAGUAAGGUGUUGUAGAGAUAACCAAAACUUGAAGAUGCCAAGCAGCUUUUUGAAAUUGAAUGGUUAUUGUUUGGUAAUAGGUUUGUUGAUGUCAUCAUGGACAUGCAUGGUUGUGAAGUCUCAACUAAGUGCUGAUUUCUAUUCAGCAACAUGUCCUAACCUUCUCGCAGUGGUGCGUAAACAGGUUCAAAAUGCUGUCAAAACUGAAAUGCGAAUGGCAGCAUCAUUGCUUCGGCUUCAUUUCCACGAUUGCUUUGUAAAUGGUUGUGAUGCAUCUCUUUUGUUGGAUGGAAGCGAUAGUGAGAAAUUUGCAUUACCAAACCUGAACUCAGCCAGAGGAUUCGAAGUAGUGGAUGCAAUCAAAAGUGCAGUGGAGAGUGCGUGCAGUGGAAUUGUAUCCUGUGCGGAUAUACUAGCUAUUGCUGCCCGAGAUGCUGUUGUCUUAAGUGGAGGACAAACGUGGAAAGUCCUAUUGGGGAGGAGAGACGGACUAGUUGCAAACAAAGACGGAGCUACAAAUGGACUUCCUUCUCCCUUCGACUCAGUUGGUAAUAUCACUGCUAAGUUUGUUGCUGUAGGCCUAAACCAAACUGAUGUGGUGAUUCUAUCAGGUAGCCAUACAAUUGGUUUAGCAAGGUGUGCUACCUUCAGCAGUAGAUUGUUCAACUUCUCAGGGACAGGCGCACCAGACAGUACAAUGGACACGACCAUGGUGUCUGAUCUACAAGGCCGAUGUCCAACCACUGGAGAUGGAAACAACACGGCCCCUCUUGAUAGAAAUUCUAUUGAUUUAUUCGAUAACCAUUACUUCCAAAACUUGCUUAAUGGAAAAGGUCUUCUUCAAUCGGAUCAAAUCCUAUAUUCUAGUGAUGAGGCAGCAACAACUACCAAAAGUUUGGUUGAACUCUACAGCAAUAAUCUCUCUCUAUUCUUAGGCGACUUUGCUAAGUCUAUGAUUAAGAUGGGAAACAUAAAUCCUUUAACUGGGUCAAGUGGACAGAUAAGGAAGGACUGUAGGGCCGUUAAUUCAUAGAUUGCACUAAAUUGAAAUGGGAUUUUAUAAAAUAAAAAAUAAAAAAGGCUUCCUAGUAUUAAAGUUGUAUGAUUAUCAAAACCAUGUAUCAAGUCUGUUUUCUUUAAAGCUUUCUAGAUAAUGUCAAUGGCUGCGUUGUGCAAGAAUAAUUACAAAAUAUGAUGAUUUGGUGUAGAGGCUUCGGCUAAAGUCGUGUUUACCAAGAGUUAUGCAAACGUAUCCUAGUUUUAAAAAGGCCAUUUAUGUAACUCAAAUCUUCUCCACCGUGAUAUGAAUAGAGAGUCUUAUUUUACCGCUAA